CGUCUGCCCUCAGCCAAAAUGGCGCCGCCUCGGAAGUUGCCGAAGCUCCAGAAGUGGCCGAAGCAGGUCCGGAAGCUGCCGAGCGAGUCCGGAAGUUGCCGAAAGAGAGCAGCGGGUAAGGAGGAUGGCGGAUGUCAUCGCAAGACUCCGGGAGGACGGGAUCCAAAAGCGUGUGAUACAGGAGGGCCGGGGGGAGCUCCCUAACUUUGAGGAUGGAACCAAGGCCACCUUCCACUACCGGACUCUGCGCAGCGACGAAGAGGGCACUGUGCUGGAUGACAGCCGUGCGCGCGGCAAGCCCAUGGAGCUCAUCAUUGGCAAGAAGUUCAAGCUGCCCGUGUGGGAGACCAUCGUGAGCACCAUGCGCGAGGGGGAGAUUGCCCAGUUCCACUGCGAUGUCAAGCACGUGGUCCUGUAUCCACUGGUGGCCAAGAGUUUACGCAACAUUGCAGCCGGCAAGGACCCCCUGGAGGGCCAGCGGCACUGCUGUGGCAUCGCCCAGAUGCACGAGCACAGUUCCCUGGGCCACGCCGACCUGGACGCCCUGCAGCAGAACCCCCAGCCCCUCAUCUUCGACAUCGAGAUGCUCAAGGUGGAGGACCCUGGCACAUACCAGCAGGACCCCUGGGCAAUGACAGACGAGGAGAAGGCGAAGGCGGUGCCGGUCAUCCACCAGGAGGGCAACCGGCUGUACCGCGAGGGCCACGUGAAGGAGGCGGCCGCCAAGUACUACGACGCCAUCGCCUGCCUCAAGAACCUGCAGAUGAAGGAACAGCCCGGGUCCCCGGACUGGAUCCAGCUGGAUCAGCAGAUCACGCCGCUGCUGCUCAACUACUGUCAGUGCAAGCUGGUGGCCCAAGAGUAUUACGAGGUGCUGGACCACUGCUCCUCCAUCCUCAACAAGUAUGACGACAACGUCAAGGCCUAUUUCAAGCGGGGCAAGGCGCACGCAGCCGUGUGGAAUGCCCAGGAGGCCCAGGCUGACUUUGCCAAGGUGCUGGAGCUGGACCCCGCCCUGGCACCCAUUGUGAGCAAGGAGCUUCGCGCCCUGGAGGCACGGAUCCGGCAGAAAGACGAGGAGGACAAGGCCCGCUUCCGGGGCAUCUUUUCCCACUGACGGCCCUGCCCGCCCUGCCCAGCUCGCUGCCGCCUUGCCAGCACACCUGCCUCCCCUGUAUCAUGCUUCUCUGUACAUAAAGGCCUUAUUUAUCUCUCUCUG